AUAAAAAGACGUACGUGUCCGGUUCGGCGUCGAAGUCGACGCGCUCGCGUCUGCGCGACGUUUUGCGCCCCUUCCUAAAGCUAAACAGGAGGAGCACGCAGAGCUCUAUAUAUUUCAUGGAAGCACGAGACUCGGGGCACUCCACACGUUUUUCACAGCGUGAGCAUCCACGAAAGGAUACCGAGACCGACGGAUCACAAUUUUUCUCUUUCGGAGAAUCCAGGCAUCCCCUCGAUACCAGAGACCAUCCUGUACACCGGAACCGGACGUCGCGGCGUGAUGACGUUUCCCUCAUCGAUCGCGAUCGUUUUCAUCGGCGUGGCCGCUUACGCGGUUACAGCCGGACCCGUUCAGGGUACAUCGAACACGGUGCAACGGGACGAAUAUGAAUCGCCAGCAUUGGCGGAUCUCUUAUUGGCAAGAUACUUGGAAGAGCGCAAAACGAAUGAAAGAACAAAGCGAAACGAUGACCCGUAUGCCUAUGGACAUUUACCAGAUGAAGAGAACCACUUGAGUGCACAUCUAGAGUCUGAUGAAAUACUCGACGGACGAUCGAAAAUUUCUGUUAAUGGAGUGCAUGGCGAACUCCAUAAUUCUCCGCUGAACGCCGAAACAUUCAUAGACACAUCGAAUCAUCAUCCGUACGGUUUGGAAAAUGUCAAUCCCGGUCAAUUAUACAUGCAUCACAAUCAUGAUAUUUUGGACGCAAAAGAGCACGGAAGACUUGUGAAAACUCAUGAUAUAGAUGGGCUCCUAAUUAAAAAUGAACACGUGAGAAAUUUGGACCAGAUCGGCGGUGGACAUCUCGUGCGAAAUCUCGACCAAAUUGGCGGUGGACAUCUCGUGAGGAAUCCGGACCAUCAUGAUGGUGGACAUCGCGUGCGGAAUCUUGAUCAGAUCGGUGGUGGACAUCUCGUGAGAAACCCGGACCAGAGUGGUGAAUAUGUCUUGAGUAAUCUGGGUUAUAUCGGCAAUGUGCAUAUUCCGGGAAAUCUCGAUCAUCUCGGUGAUGGACAUCCGGAUGAAAUCGACGAUGAAAACCAAGUUAGAAGACGCGCCUACUCGAAUGUAGAAGCAAGACGUCUUGAUCAGCCUGGAGUAGCUUCAAGACGGUUGGAUGCCAAUGUAGCCUCAAGACGAUUGGAUGCCAAUGUAGCCUCAAGACGAUUGGAUGCCAAUGUAGCCUCAAGACGAUUGGAUGCCAAUGUAGCCUCAAGACGAUUGGAUGCCAAUGUAGCCUCAAGACGAUUGGAUGCCGCUGUAGCCUCGAGAAAAUUGGAUGCCGCUUUAGCCUCGAGAAAAUUGGAUGCUGCGAUAGCCGCAAGAAAAUUGGAUGCCGCAAUAGCUUCGAGACAAUUGCAACAAGCUGCAAUAGACUCAAGACGAUUGGAAGCCGCCGCACGAAGUCUGAGUGCGGGCAGUCGUAAUUUAGACGGUCAUCUACUGCGACAGGCACGUCGAGGGUUGGAUUCGCUGUCUGGGGCAACCUUUGGUGAAAACAAGAGAUACGCACCUGUCAGGCGAUUCAGCGCGAUGAGCCUACGACCAGGUAAUUUCGACGAGAUCGAUCGAUCCGUAUUUGAUCGUUUCUCCAAGAGGAACUUCGACGAGAUCGAUACCGCGUUUGACAGCUUCUUCAAACGGAACAUUGACGAGAUCGAUCGGGUCGGUUGGAGCGGAUUCGUCAAGAGGUUCAAUAAUUACUUGGCGGACAGGCAGCAACGUUAAUUGGCAGGAGAAGAGAAUAAUGGGACGAAAGGGAUAAGGAAAGGGCGAAGGGCAAGAAGGAGCGCGUUCGUUCGUUCCGAGAAUAAGAAAUAAUUUCAUUUUAAUUUUCGACAAAAUUAAUUCGACCUUGCAAAUUAAGAGAUCAUCUCUUCUGCUGCCCUUUAAUGGUCGCACGUUUAAGAACAAACUUAAUCGAUGUGAAAUGCAAAUCGCUCGUGAGAUUGUUUUUCUCGCGACAUCAUUGGGCAUUCUUUAGAUGUGAUGAUGAUGUGCUGAAGAUCUUUUAACAUAAUCUUUCCUUAUUUAAAAUUUUAAAUUACAUUGAAUUUUAAAUCACAAAUUCUUAAGAGAACUAACAAUAAGAAGAUUAAAUUAUUAGCAAAAAAUGGCGAUUUUAUUUAAUUGGAAAGUACAAUAUUAAUAUCAAAAUACAUAUCUAAUACUGAAAAAAAUUAUAAGAUUUUUGCAAACUCGGAAAAUAAAUAACCAAGCCUUUCGUGUGUUUUCAUUAAUUUUAACUAAACUUUGAUAUAAAAAAAUAUAUUUUUUGAAUAAUAUAUAGUUUUUUAAUAGCAAAAAAUUUAAACGUUUGCGACGAUUGAAGGCCUAUUACAAAAAUUUUGUUAAGAGUAAAUCAAGUCCAUAUCUAUCAUGAAAUCUGCUGGCAGAAUAUCCAUUAGUGUUAAAAUACAUAUAUCUUUAAAAUACCUCCUAUAGAUAAAGUAUGUAAAUCAAAUGGAAAAUAUAAAAUUAUAAAGAGUUUAAUUUAUUUGAUAUUUAAAUUAAUUUCAUUAAAUCUAUAUUGUGCUGGAUACACGAAGAUUUUUUUAGAAUGAAUCAAAGAAAAAAAUUAAUCGCCAUUUAUUGAUUUUGAAA